AUGUCUAAAGUCCAAAUACUGAGAUCUGUAGUGAACCAGAGACUGAAUGCUGUCGUUGAAGAGGUUUUUGAGCUGUUUGAGAGAACAAUAGCAGAGUACGAGGAGCAGCUGAGAGCAUCUAAAGAGGAAAACCAUCGACAGCAGAAACUACUGGAUGCUGUUUUAAACCCUGAGAUCCAGUUACACAGAGCAGUUUUUCCAGAGGAUGUCCUCCAGCUUUCAGUGAGUGAAGAAAAGGAUCCCCCUAAGAAGCAGCGGGAGAGAAGCUACAAUCUGAAACAAGAGAUUACUGAGCCUCCACACAUUAAAGAGGAACCAGAGGAUCAGUGGAGCAGUCAGGAAGGAGAGCAACUUCAAGGACCAGAGGAGACAGAUAUGAUCAGGUUCACCCUUUUCCCUGUCCCUGUGAAGAGUGAAGAUGGUGAAGAGGAACCUCAGUCCUCACAGCUUCAUCAAACAAAAACUGAACAGAUGGAAACAGGAGAUGAUGGAGAGGCCUGUGGAGGACGAGCAGCAGUCAUGUACUCUAAUCCAGAGAGAGAUUCACAACCAGAGACUAAGGUGAAGACUGAAGACUCCUCUGAACCUGAGACAGAUGACAGUGCUGACUGGGAGAAGGCAAAACACCAGAAAGUCAUCUUAGAGAUCAUAUGA